CAGCGAUCUAUCCCAUCGCGAGCCGCCAGCAUGUCCUCCGAGGGUCACCCGAAGGCGGAUGCCCCCGCAGAUGCCCCUGCGCCAGUCAAUCCGGACGAUCCCUACGCCGGGAUGACCCCCGAACAACAACAAGCCGCCUACGAAGCAUGGUGUGCCCAGUACUAUGCGCAGUACGGCUACGAUCAGUCUCAGCAGCAGCAAGGCGCGGCAGCAGCAAAUACCCAGGCCCCGGGUGCUCCAAGGGAUGCCCAAUCCGGGUUAAAUGAUUAUGGUUCCUACGCUAAUGAGGCCGGACCUCGAGACGCUGGCAGUUGGCAGAAGAACGAGAGACCCAGCUACGAUCGCCGAGGCGACUAUGGCGGCGGGCCAGGCAGCAGAGGCGACCGGGGCGGAAACGACCGAGGCUAUGGAGGAGACCGCUAUGGCAACAACGAUUCUGGAGGCCGAUUUCCCGAUAGCGGCCCCGGCGGACGCGGUGGACGGUUCGACGGCGGCAGCGACCGGUACGGCAGCGGAAACGAUCGAUACGGCACCGGAAGUAAUCGCUAUGACGACGGCCCAUCCCGCGGCUUUGGCGACAGCCGACCAAGAGACGAGCCCGAGGACGACACCAAGAGCAAGGACACAAUCUAUGUCUCGGGACUGCCCGAGACCGUGACGGCCAAGCGUCUGGGAGAAUUCUUUGGAGUCCUUGGUAUCAUCAAGAUCGACAAAAAGACCAGGGAGCCUAAGAUCUGGGUGUACCGAGAUAAAGUCUCGGGUGUUGCCAAGGGCGAUGCAACGAUCACAUUUGACGAUCCCCCGACCUCCGGAGCUGCCAUCCAGUGGUUCAACGGCAAGGAGUUUGACGGAAAUGUCAUCAAGGUUGAACGUGCUUCCCAGAAAGCACCUCCUCCCGGAGGCUACAGCCGCGGAGGUCGUGGACGUGGCGGCGGCGGUCGUGGUGGAGGCGGUCCGGGAGGCCGUCCUGGCAGCGAGCCCGGCGAUUGGGUCUGUUCUAGCUGCAGCAACAACAACUUUGCUCGGCGCAGCGAAUGCUUCCGCUGCCGUGCUCCGAAACCUGACGGCGCAUUUGGCGGCGCGGACGCUGGCUAUGGAGGCCGAGGCUUCGGCGGCGGUGGUGGCGGCGGCGACCGAGGCUUCGGAGGACGCGGCGGAAGUGAUAUCCGAGACCGGCGCCAGGAGGAUCGACGAUCGCACCGAGACAGACCUUACUGAACGAGCAAAUGAAGACCUGCACGGAGCCUGUGCAGUUUCAGCCUGUGCUGUUUCAGCCAACGCGAGGUCUUCUCGACCCAAGAAUGUGAUCUCCGUCGCGGCUUGUUGCUGAGAGCGGAUGCGACAAGUGCUCGCAAGUACAUGGUACACCAUGGUCGCCAAGAUUGCGACCAAGUACGAUGCGGUGGCGCUCCCCGAACAACAGGCGCGGCUGCGAAUGAUGCAUGGCGAGGGUCGAGCGCGAGUCCAUCCCAGCAGCGGUGCCGUUGCUGGCAUCUCGGAAUACACAACCAGGUAGUCUGCCGAUAACUUGUCGGCCGAUGCGACUACAUCGUGCAUAUCACACA